UGUCUCUUGCUUCAAAUGAUAUUUUCUCUGGGAAGUUUUAAAAUUUUAUCUCUCCCUUUCAUUUUUUUCUCCUUUUGUUGCUGUUAAUGCUAAACCAAAAAAACAAAUCCAAAAUCGAGAUCCUCUAAUUUGAUUUGAAACCCGUGAUGUCUCAUCAUGCGUUUCUCGCCUCUGCUUUUUCUUCUCUGUCUACACUUUUUCUCUACAUGAACUUACCAAAUUGUUGUUCGAAUUAAAACAAACCUAAACCCCUCAGAAAUUCAGAAGAGAGAUUUUUUGAUAACGAUGAUGAUGAAGAAGAAUGUGUUUAGCCGAAUUGAUCUCUCGAGUUUCGUUACAGGUUCAACCGAGCAUACGUGGCAGCCAACAAUGUCCGCGGAGACGAACAUCCCGAGUUACUGGCUAAACUGGAGAUUCUUCCUCUGCGCCGUCUUCGUCACCACCUCGCUGUUUCUGUCUUCUUUCCUGAUUUGGAGAUACGAAGGACCUCGAAAACGCAGGAAACGUGGUGAUCAGAGAGAAGAACUCGUUGGAGGAGGAGCUGUGUACGACGACGAAACCUGGAACACUUGUGUGGAGAGGAUCCACCCGAACUGGCUUUUAGGUUUCCGCGUCUUCGGUUUCGUUGUUCUUCUCGGGCUCAUCUCUGGUAACGCCAUCGCUGAUGGAGCAGGCAUUUUCAUCUUCUACACACAAUGGACUUUCACAUUGGUCACAAUCUACUUCGGGCUUGCAGCAUUGGUGUCAAUAAACAGAUACAGAUCUGGUGAGAACUGUCAGAACGGAGUCAGUAGAGUAGAUGAAGAGCAAGGCUCUUAUAGGCCUCCCGUGAAUGGGGAGAACUCGAAUGUGUUUAAAUCUUCUAAUGGACACAACGGAUCUUCACGUCAGGUUGCAGCUACGUUAGGUUACAUCCAUCAGAUUCUUUUUCAGACUUGUGCAGGAGCUGUAUUGCUUACAGAUGGUGUGUUUUGGUUUAUUAUCUACCCUUUUCUCACAUCCAAAGAUUUCAAUCUCGAUUUUUUCAUUGUGAUUAUGCACUCGGUCAAUGCUGUUUUCCUCCUUGGUGAAACUUUCCUGAACUCUCUGGUUAGUGUUUAUGCUUAUGUCAACAUUAAAACAUGAUGAUGACGAUCGUAUUCAUAGUGAUGAUGACUUUGAUGAAUGAUGAUGAUUCUUUGUAUCCAGCGAUUCCCAUUGUUCAGGAUUGCGUACUUUGUGGUAUGGACCGGCAUAUUCGUGCUAUUCCAAUGGAUUGUUCAUGCUUGUGUCUCCUUUUGGUGGCCUUACCCAUUCUUGGAUUUGUCAUCACCCUAUGCUCCUUUAUGGUACGGGGCUGUUGGGUUGAUGCACGUACCGUGCUUUGGAAUCUUUGCUUUGAUCGUGAAGUUGAAGUACAUGUGGCUCUCAAGAUGUUUCUCAGAAGAACCAUAGUAACAAAUAUCAUAUAUACUCGAAUGGUUAUAUAGUCUCUCUCUCUCUCUCUGUUGAAGAUAAAAUUACAGACUCACAUGUACAGGUACAGGUUUUCUCCUGCCUUCUGUAUCAAUUUUUUUGUUGUAAAUUAACAUUCAAAGUUCCUUUUAUAGGAAAAUAUAUAAAAUCACAAAGCCACUCACCAUGUUUUUCUGGAGGGGGGCAUUACUUAUUAGGCGGUUUUGAUUCGUUUUCUAAAUUCUAACCAUACUAGUGUAUGCC